GUUUCCAUGGAAAGUAUCCAGGUGGUCAGCUCGCCCACAUCGAAGCUGGACGUGAAUCCAAAUAUCAUACGAGGCAUAACGCUGCGAAAGUGUUUGCGACAUGUGAGACGCGUAUGGUGGAAGUCUCCUCUCGAUCUUUCGGCAGAUAGUCGAGCAGCCUUGUGGCAGUUAGCAGGGCCAGUGUCUGGCUUUGACAUGUUUUUUUCACAUACGUGGCAGACCUCGGGGCUUGCCAAAUGCUGCGCGCUCUUGCUACAAUCCACGUGGCUAUGGUGUUUAGCAGUGUGGCUCCUGACCACGGUUGUUAUGAUGGUCCUAUACAGCCAGAAUCUGCUGCCCAUGAUGGGUCGAUAUUCAACACCUGAGCCCAUCGGGCAGAACCUGCUUCCUUUAGGACCUUGGCUCACCGUCUUUAGCCUGCCUUCAUGCCUCCUUGGCAUAAUCCUCGCGGUGUACUUACCGGAGAGGAUCUAUGCCUCGCCAACUUGCUUCCUGGAUUCAGUCAGCAUCAACCAAAGUGACCAAUCUCUCAUGAUGCAGGGCAUCUAUGGACUCGGUGGCUUUCUCAAAGCUUCGAGAGAACUGCGCAUCCUUUGGUCGCCUCCAUAUUUCUCCAGAUUGUGGUGUAUAUUCGAGCUCGCAGCUUACCGCACGGCGAACCCGACUGGCAAAAUCAUGCUGGCACCAGUGUUCGUGGAGAGUGCAGUGGCUGCUUACUUUUUUGGGAACUAUGGCAUAGCUCUGCUCUUCACAGAUCGGGAGGCUUUUCCGGCCCUGUCAAUCCUGGGACAGGUGAUUUCUAUCUUCCUUCUUGUCCGCUACUUGCGAAGGAGUUUGGGGGUGAAGCGGAAGCUCAUCUCUGAUUUGCGAAGCUUCAGGGUGGAGGAGGCCGAGUGCAGGCUUCAGUACGAUCGGGAUUUCGUCUUAAAUGCCAUCACCGAAUGGUUUGGCAGCAAGGAUGCCUUCACCGAGUAUGUCAGGGGAGACCUCGGCAGAGACGCAAUGUCAGGAUACACCACAGGUGUCAUUCCAAUCCAGUAUCAGCUGUUGUUGGUGUUGCCAGACAUAAGCCUGAACCUGGACACCUUCGUGUCGCUCUGGAUGGGGAACUUGCCUACCGAAGUGCUGGUCUCGCACUUUUUGGGUAUGGUCCUUGGGUACUCCCUAUGCUGGCGCAUGGUGUCCUUCAGCUUGAUAGCCUCCCUCUGCGACCUAGCUCCCUCACUCAGUAGCUGCAAGAUGUUGCUUGUGGAUGUCCUAAUUUUUCUUGCCGGGAAUUCGUGCAUUACCGGUGGAAUCUUUGCUGCGCAAGCCGCCUACGGCCGCGGGGUAGCCUGGGCCACAAGCUGGUUUCUUGCGGCAGGUCUGCUAGCGGUGCUUUUCCAGGGCACGUUGCAGAAAUGGUGUAGCAGAUGCACCGCGCUUUUGAAGGAUGCUAAAUGA